AUGGCGUCUGGAUACGGUCUUAAUGGCGGCCCCUCCCGCUGCUUCCCUUUCUGGCAGGACCUCCUAGGCUGCUAUGUUAUCAAUGGAGGCGAGGGAGAUGAAGGAAAGAAGAAGUGCCUCCCUGCACUAGAGGAUUACACCGAGUGCCUGCAUCAUACCAAGGAGAUUGUCCGCGCAAAGAGACUCCAAGCGGCGUACCGCAAAGCGGAAGCAUCCUUCCCCCGAGAGAACGCACCCAAGGCAGAGGAAAUCCGGAAUCUGGGACUACUGGGCAAGGAAGAGGAGUCGAAAAAGGUUCUGGGUUCGUUAUAA